AUGCAAGAGAACCCUGAUGAUUCAGCCACCAGUUCAGUGCUAACCUCACUAAGGAACUGUGGAAUUGGAGCAACCUCUAGCUGUUUUGCUACUGUUCUGACAUUCCCAAUCCACAAGACAAUUUUUCGGCAGCAAAUUCAUGGUUUCAUUAUCCGAAAAGCUUUUGCUCAACUCCGUCAAGAAGGUUUCCUCAGGUUUUACAGAGGAAUUCUCCCACCUGUUCUAGCUAAAACAAUCCAAGGCACAUUGUUGUUUGGCACCUAUGACAGCAUCAUUGAGAGCAUGAAUCCUAAGAAUAUAACUAUGUACCAUCACUUCAUUGCAGGAUCAUUAUCUGGAACUAUGGAAGCCCUAGUGUUGACUCCAUUUGAACGUGUCCAAAAUAUUCUUCAAGACCACAGGAAAGAUGGAAAACUUCCUAAUAUCCAAAGUAUCCUAAAGUUGUUUAAUUCCUAUAUUUUUAAGGAUAAGUUACAACUUGGGUACUACCAAGGCUUCAUCCCCAUUGUAUUGAGGAAUGGCAUAGGCUGCACACUUUAUUUCUCUUUCAAAGAUCCAAUUAAGAAUUUGCUCUUGGAUAAAGAUGUUCCCAGUGGGAUUUCUGCAUUUGUCUCUGGAAGCUUCAAUGGAAUGAUGGUGUGUUUUAUUUUAUAUCCACUCAGUGCCGUGAUUUCAAAUAUACAGGCUCAGAUCAGACAUGAGAAAAUUAACCUUUGGAAUUUCGUCAAAAACUUCUGGGCAUCUCGUGCCCGAAGUUUCUUGUAUGUUUACAGGGGUGGUUCCCUGAUUAUGCUGAGGUCCUGCAUAACAUGGGGAUUAACCACUGUUAUUCAUGAUUUCUUAAAGGCAACGCAGAGUCCAAAAAUGUAG